AAGGGGUGCGGGAGGACGGCGGCCCGGGUCCGGUCUGAUGAGAAAGCAUACUUACCUGGCAGGGGAGACACCUUGAUCAUGAAGGAGGUUUUCCCAGGGUGAGGCUCAUCCAUUGCACUGCGGGUGUGCUGACCCCUGCGAUUUCCCCAAAUGCGGGAAACUCGACUGCAUAAUUUGUGGUAGUGGGGGACUGCGUUCGCGCUUUCCCCUGAUGAUUGGUGUACAAAAAACAGAAUUAAUGUGCCUUACUCAUAUUCUUCUUCUACCUUGUAUUCCACGUUCAUCGUGAUUCUGAUUUUAAAAAAUGAAUAUUUCAGGAAGCUGGUGCACUUUGGUCGCUAAAGUUGCCUGAUGAUGAGUGCUACUUGCUAGGAAUCACAAGUGCCGAAAAGACAUCCCGUUCCGUUCUAACAUGAACAGAUUGCAUGUCCACAAGAAACACUGCAAAGUUGUCCUGGCUUUAUAAGCUUUUCCACAGACGAAUUAAGUACUUAACCCGAGCUUACAUUCUUCCUUGUGUGAAACAUACUGUAGAUCUAGAAGUCUCUUCCAAACCACAUUCUGCAGAAAGAGUUACACAGGAACAAGGGGAAAGAGUGGCAGGAGACCUGUCAGGGAAUUUGUUUGUCUUACCUUCCUUGCCUACAAAGAAUAAUUUCAAAUCUUUCGAAGACUGUGUGGCACUAGCAAUGCGGAAAGGGAGCUUAACAGCAUGCUGCGACCCCACUAACCAACAGAUGGCCAUGUCAAAGAGUCCGAGCAGCGAUAGCAGUUCGGUAAACACAGGCCCCAAAGGGGUGAUCAACGACUGGAGGAGAUUCAAGCAGCUGGAGACAGAGCAGCGAGAGGAACAGUGCCGGGAGAUGAAGCGCCUCAUCCAGAAGCUCUCGAUGACAUGCAGGUCCCACCUGGACGAUGAGGAGGACAAGCGGAAGCAGCAGGAGCUCCAGGAAAAGCUGGAUGGCAAGCUAACUCUGCAGGAGUACAGCGCGCUGCGUGAGGGCCCAGAUGACGAGGAGUUCCUGCAGCAGUACCGCAAGCAGCGCAUGGAGGAGAUGCGGCUGCAGCUGCGUGGCGGGCAGCACUUCCAGCAGGUUGUCGAGAUCCACAGUGGGGAGGCCUUCCUGGACACCAUCGACAAAGCGCCCAAGAAUUCCCUGGUGAUGGUCCAUGUCUACGAGGAUGAUGUCCCAGGGGCCGACUCCCUCCACGGAUGCAUGGUCUGCCUGGCCACUGAGUACCCCGUGGUCAAGUUCUGCCGGGUGCGGAGCUCCCUGAUCGGCGCCAGCUCCCGCUUCACCACCAGCGCCCUGCCGGCACUCCUGGUCUACAAGGGUGGGGAACUGGUGGGCAACUUUGUCCGUGUCACUGACCAACUGGGUGAGGACUUCUUUGCUGGGGACCUGGAGGGCUUCCUGCAGGAGUGCGGCCUGCUCCCUGAGAAGGACCUGGUGCUCCUCACCUCUGUCCUCGAUGCCUCCUCCUCCUCCUGCCUCAGCGAGGACAGUGACCUGGAGAUCAACUGAGGGCAUCCUAGGGGGAGCAGAGAGGCACCUGUGAAGGGGCGAGUCGAAAAGCCCACCCUUCACCUAUGGAAGCCCAGAAGGCCCAGAAAAAGUUAAAUAUGGAGAAUAAAUGGUUGAGAUAUUCGGAUUUAUUGUUGGAAGAUAAUGAAGGAUUUAAAUUAAGACCAUUUGAGCAAAUUAAAGAUAAAUUGGAUUGGCUACAUUAUUACCAGAUCAAUGAACUGUUUAAGCUUGAUAAGAAAAAUGGUUUUGCAUCGUGAAAAACCAAAUUGGAAACGUGAAGGGAAGUUCUCUUUCUGCACAUAAGUUCUCUCUCUGCACAUAACUGUGGCCUUAUGGGAAGUAUUGCUUCUUUUCUCUGGCAUUCUGGGAAGUCUCGUUUCUGCUUCUGCACACACUGUAGAAACCUGUUCCAAAUACCAAGACAUUCCCUCCUUGCUCAGUUCAUCUUAAGUUCAUGAUGACCUGUUCUCAAUGCAUAGCUGACCACAUCUAUGGAACUCGAUUAUUAUAUUCUUUCAUGUUAUGAUCAAUCAUUAGUAAUUGUUUUAUGCUAUAUCAAUCUUUAGUUAUAAUUUAAUUAGGAGGUUUCAUGCCUGUCUAGUUCCAACCUCGUUUCCCAGCCUUUAAUCUAUCGAUGAUUAAUGUUCACAUGUAAUUCCCACCUCUCACAUGUAAUUCCCGCCUUGUACUUAUGUUAACCAAUGAGCAACAAGUUUCUUUGUCUUUGUAUCAACCAAUCAGCCACAAGCACACCUGUGGCAAUGUUUGUAAUAUUCAAUAAAGGAGAGUUCCCGGGGCUUGCCCUGGCAGACGCCUCUCAUCACACCUA